UCUCUCUCAUCAUCUCAUGAUCGAUUAGGUCUUCGUAAUUCGUCGCAAAUGUGUUGGUUCGCCUCCUCUUCUGCACUCGAUCGGUGCCGUUCACGAUUAGGAAACACGAGCUCCAUCCAAUCUGAGAUAUCCGGGCUCCAUUUCUUUCUCCGAUCUACGCGUCCUCACGUUCGCGUCGAAGCCUCGCUGGAGCCGCCAGCGACGGCCACCUGCCCUGACAGCGGCGGCGAUCCAUCCAGUGAUUCAUCGAUCCUCCCUCAUUUCUUCAGAUCCAGAAUGUCCUGGAUACAAUUUCUUCAGAUUAUUCAGUGACAAGAGUAGUACAGUAAAUUUCUUCAGAAUUAUUCAAAGACAGAGUGGUGCUCGUUUGUUUAAUUGUUUAUAUGAGAAAUGCACGGUUUCUUGCGAGAUCUUGUUGAACAAAUCAUGGAUUCAGGAGUGACGAGACAGCGAAAGUUGAUGUCUUUUUAGGGUCCCACCAUCUUGAGGCCUUGGCAUUGGCAUAGCAUAAUCCGGAGGAGGGAGAGCCGCAUAUUCUGAUUCUCUCUCCUCCUCCUCUUCUUCUCCCUCCAAACACAGCGCCGGGAAAGCGACCGCUGGGCUCCCACUCCGCAUUAAUACUCGGCCUCCUCCGAUUUUGUUUGUUUUGUAACUUUGUUCAUCCAAUCCAGCCUCUCUUUCUUGCUUUCUUGGAGUUGGAGGUAGUAGCUCGGAUGAGGUCAAAUUCUUUGCCCCCUAAGCUUCCUUUCUCUUCUCUUCUCCCCACUGAUAAUCUUGUUCCUCCUCUUCUUUGUUCUUGUUCAUACUAUGCAAGGGUAUAACUUGGUGUAGUUUCCGGUUCGAUUCUGGGAUUGUUUGCUCUGCAUUUCGAGGCUCAUCAAGUUGGGUUCUUUUUUGCUUGCUUAUCUGAUUCAUUUGAUGAUGGGAGGUUGGUUUGGAUGUGUCUGUAGGUUCAUGGAGAGGUGGAGAUGCGUCAGUGUGUUGGCUCUGGUGCUCUUGCUGUCAAAUGCUUCCCAUGGGAGAGAUAUCUCUGUCCAGCACUCUCAGCAAACUUUGAACUAUAGCCAUACUCUUGCCAUGACUCUUGUGGAAUAUGCUUCUGCUGUGUACAUGACAGAUUUAACAGCUCUUUAUACAUGGACGUGCUCAAGGUGUAAUGACUUGACUCAAGGCUUUGAGAUGAAAUCUCUAAUCGUGGAUGUGGAGAACUGCCUACAGGCAUUCGUUGGUGUGGAUUAUAAUUUAAAUUCAAUAAUUGUUGCAAUAAGAGGAACUCAAGAAAACAGUAUGCAGAAUUGGAUCAAGGACUUGAUAUGGAAACAACUUGAUCUGAGCUAUCCUAACAUGCCUAACGCAAAGGUGCACAGUGGAUUUUUCUCCUCCUAUAAUAACACGAUUUUACGUCUAGCUAUCACAAGUGCUGUCCACAAGGCAAGACAGUCAUAUGGAGAUAUCAAUGUCAUAGUUACAGGGCACUCAAUGGGAGGAGCCAUGGCAUCCUUCUGUGCGCUUGAUCUCGCUAUCAAUCUUGGAAGCAAUAGUGUUCAACUCAUGACUUUCGGACAGCCUCGUGUUGGCAAUGCUGCUUUUGCCUCUUAUUUUGCCAAAUAUGUGCCCAACACGAUUCGAGUCACACAUGGACAUGAUAUUGUGCCACAUUUGCCCCCUUAUUUCUCCUUUCUUCCCCAUCUAACUUACCACCACUUCCCAAGAGAGGUAUGGGUCAAUGAUUCUGAGGGCGACAUAACCGAACAGAUAUGUGAUGAUAGUGGUGAAGAUCCAAAUUGCUGCAGGUGCAUCUCCACAUGGAGUUUGAGCGUUCAAGACCAUUUCACAUACCUGGGAGUUGAUAUGGAAGCUGACGACUGGAGCACUUGUAGAAUCAUCACAGCUGAAAAUGUUAGGCAACUCCAAAAGGAUCUCGCCAGCAACAUCAUCGUCUCCAAGCACUCUGUCGAUGUCACUAUUGUAGAACCUAGUUCACAAACAUAUUGAAAGCAAUUAUGGAUAGUCUACGGUAUUUCUUUUAUCCGAUUUAGAGCAAAGGAUGGAUCCUUCCUCUUUUCUCGAAGAUGAAGGCUUGAUUAGAAAUUCAUUCAGAUUUGGAUGUACAUACAGGGUUCUUUUCAUAGCUUGUGAAUAUGUAGAGAUGUACAUAGGAUGAUAGAUUCAUAUUUCAUAGGUGUUAGUUUUUUAUUUUUUCCUUUUCUGAUGCAUAUGCUUAUGCAUUUUGUAAAUGCAAUAAAAACAAGAAUAGUUCCACCCAUGUAUGAAUAUCCAUACAAUUAUCUGUAUCUGCCACUGUGUAAGUAAAAGAUAUAUGAUUAUCUGUGACUUUAGGCAUGAAACGGAAA